GAAGCAUGUCGGGGCAUAUGACACGAACAGAACCCUAUUGUAGACUCGGCCUAAUGAUGAAAUUACCCUUAAAUAAAAAUAGUCGAUGUCAAAAAUUGAUAUUCCUACACAAGAAUAAGGGGAUAAAUAAAGCUCAUCCUAUUUAGUAUUUGUCUAUUAUUUUAUUUAAAAAAUUAUUGAAGACAAAUAAUUAGACGAUUAUAACUGUCAAUUUUAUUUUCUUUGAUUUACGAGAUUUAUAACAAAAAUUUGAAAGUGAAAAUGCCGUGCGAAAUGAUAACACUCCAACUUGGCCAAUGUGGCAAUCAAAUUGGGUUUGAAUUUUGGAAAAGACUAUGUGCAGAGCAUGGAAUUAGUCCAGAGGGAAUAUUAGAAGAUUAUGCAACAGAAGGAAUGGACAGAAAGGAUGUUUUUUUCUAUCAGUCAGAUGAUGAACAUUAUAUACCACGUGCUGUAUUGUUAGAUUUGGAGCCGAGAGUAAUUCAUACAAUUAUGAAUUCUCCAUACUCAAAGCUGUACAAUCCUGAAAAUAUCUAUUUAUCAAAACACGGCGGUGGUGCUGGAAAUAAUUGGGCAUCCGGAUAUCAUCAAGGUGAAAAAUUGCAGGAAGAAAUUUUUGAUAUUUUGGACAGAGAAGCAGACGGUAGUGACAGCUUAGAAGGUUUCGUUUUGUGCCAUUCCAUUGCAGGAGGUACUGGUUCUGGCAUGGGUUCUUUUAUGUUGGAAUCUCUUGCUGAUAGAUUUCCCAAGAAGUUAAUCGAGACAUACAGCGUUUUUCCAAAUCAAGAUGAAAUAAGCGAUGUUGUAGUACAACCAUAUAAUUCACUGUUAACUUUGAAAAGGUUAACUCAAUGUGCAGAUUGUGUGGUGGUGUUAGAUAAUACUGCUUUGAAUAGAAUUGCUUCAGAUAGAUUGCAUAUUCAGAAUCCCAGCUUUACACAAAUUAAUAAACUUGUUUCAACGAUAAUGUCUGUCAGUACAACUACUCUGAGAUAUCCUUCGUACAUGAACAAUGAUUUGGUUGGUUUGAUCGCACCACUUAUACCAACUCCUCGGCUACAUUUUUUAAUGACUGGAUAUACUCCGCUUACAACGGAUCAAGAGGGUGCAUCCGUGAGAAAAACAUCUGUCUUGGAUGUGAUGCGACGAUUAUUACAACCAAAAAAUAUGAUGGUUUCUACAGCAUUGGAUCGAAAUGCAUCUCAUUGUUACAUAUCUAUUUUAAAUAUAAUUCAGGGUGAAAUAGAUCCGACACAAGUGCAUAAAUCUUUACAAAGGAUUAGAGAACGAAAACUCACGCAAUUUAUUCCAUGGGGUCCUGCUAGUAUACAAGUAGCUCUCUCAAGAAAAUCUCCUUACAUACAAAGUACGCAUCGCGUUUCCGGUUUGAUGUUAGCUAAUCAUACUAAUAUAUCAUCCCUGUUUGAUAGAGCCUUGCAACAGUAUGACAAAUUGCGCAAACGUGAAGCGUUUUUGGAACAAUUCCGCAAAGAGAAAAUGUUUGAAGACAAUCUCGAUGAAUUGGAUAACUCACGGGAAGUUGUCGAAUAUUUAGUGAAGGAGUACCAGGCUGCGACUCGAGUUGAUUAUCUCAGUUGGAAUCCAAAUAAAACGGACAUAUGAAAUUACUAAUAAAUAUGCAAAUCUUUUGUAACAUUCCAACCAUUAAAUCUUUUAUAACAUUUUUAUUUUUUCAUAUUUUAACACCUUACAUAUAUUUAUGAUACAAAACACUUUAUAAUGCGCCAUAUCAAUAUUUAAUCUCGCAAAAACAUCUAUUGACAUAAGCAACAGAAAUUCAUAAAUUAUUUGAGAUAGUUAGAAACUAGUUUUAUUUAAUUAAUUUAUACUCAACGUGCAUUGCGCCUUAGUUUUGCAUUUUUUUCAGUUGUUUCUUCAUUUAUUGGCCUGAAUAUAUUGUAAAAAUUUUUUUUUAUUUGCGCUCAUAAUUAGGAGGAAGAACAGCAAUCGUAAUAAAACCUGUAUGUCCAGGUAGUGAAUGUGCAUGAGUAACUGUAAGAAGUUUUUCUUCUCGUUUUCCUUUCUCAUUUUCAUGUACAGUAGCUUCGUUUUUGUGCUGUAAUAAAAUAAUAAAAUAGAAUUAAAAUUUCC